GUAGCUCAUGUUGAAUAAUCUCUUUUUGCGGCUUGAUAUUACACCCAUAAUUCGUGUAGUCGUCUUUGCCCGUCAAAUUAGAUAAUUUUCAAAUCAUGGCGAUCAAAAGAUGCGCCGAUGAUCCGGUAUCUCCUCGGCUGCGGAUGGCAAAGCGCAUUGUCAUCAAGCCGCCGCCACCGGGGUUCGACCAACCCGACCUGCCUUCUGAUGUUAUCAUCAGCAUCCUGUCAUGGCUGCCGGUCAAGUCCUUGGUUCGUUUCAAGUCUGUCUGCAGGGGCUGGCAGGCCAUGUUAUCCGAACCAGGUUUCAUCUACGCUCACCUCGAGUGCUCCAAGAAAAGGCGCCCAUCGCUGCUCAUGGUGCCUUGUGGGUAUGAUCCCAAUGAUAUUCAGAAGAAUCAAGAUGACAGCACUUUCUGCAUGGGGUUUUACAGGUACCACAUCGGCGAUAAGGAGGAGCUGAUCCACCUACAGAAGCUACCACAAGGAAUUGCCCUGUGGAGUAGCCCGCUACACUGCAACGGUUUGAUCCUUAUUUCCACCACGAGAGAGGAGCUGAUGAUCUGCAACCCGGCAACUAGAGAGUUUGUUACGUUGCCAGAACGGAAACAUGAAAGGUAUGCAUUCCCAAGGGUGGGGUUUGGGUUUGACCCUUGUAGCAAGAAGUACAAGGUGGCCAGAUUUUUCUAUCAGAGGCUUACCCCGAGCUAUGACCUGGUUUGCAAGUUUGAGGUGCUUACUGUUGGCUCUAACAUAUGGAGACAAACAGUAGAUCCACCAUAUUGGAUUUGCGGACAAACUCCUGUUCAUGUCAACGGUUAUAUCUACUGGACAUGUGCUGGAAAUCCAAGUUGCCCAGUUCCACCCAAGUCAUUUCUUCGGUUCAGUUUGACUGAUGAGGAGUUUAGUUUGGUUCCAUAUCCUCCAUCUCAUUUGAAGCCUGCCCGUUUUGUGCAAUUGGAGAGCGAAUUGUCUUGUGUCUGCUUGGGUUUUACAAAACUAGAUCUUGAGAUUUGGAACCUUAACUUUGGGUUUGAUCAGACCCCUGAAUGGAAUCGACGCUGGACUACCAUGAUUAGUCCUGAUUUAAUUGUAGAGCUUCCCCAAUGUAGGGCUACAAGACCUCCUAGAGUUAUUCUUCAUGAGGAUACGUGGCUUCUAACAGAGGAACGAAACGUCUAUCGGUAUGACACCCAUACAUCUGAAAUAGUGAAGAUUUCUUCAGGUGUUCAAGACACAACAUAUAAUGAUCCUACGUCGCAGAAACAGGUGAUUUUACAUUUAAGUAAUUAUGCCGAGAGUCUAGUACAAAUUAGAUAACUUUGGCAACUAGCCAAGUAUCUCCUUUUCCCUUUUUAUUGGCGAACAAAGAUUGUUUGGAUGCA